AUGUGGUGCUCAACAUGUGGAAAGUUUUUGGCUUUUGUGCACCUCUUUGAUGGUGUCACUUUAUUGGUGAGUUUGAAAAAUGUAUUGGAGAAAAGAGUUUUAGAAAAUUGAAAUUGAUUCUCUAAAAAGCUGGAACUUUUUUACUUGAAAUAUCUAGAAUUUUUCAAAAUUUCAGAUUCAAAAAGAAAUAGAAUCCAAAAUGUUUUUGAUGCUAACAUUCCAAAAAGUUCCUCUAAAAAAUCAAUCCAAAAUCAAUAGUUCUAUUCUUCAAACGAGGCAUCAUAUUUCAAAAAAAAAGCCAAAACUUAUUUUAACGCCUGUUCAUACAAUUUUCAGAUGAUUGAUAUAUCGUCAAAUUAUUUAUCAAAUAAUCCAGUCGAUAUUUCAAUCGGUUUUCUUUUUAUCGUUUGUGCAAUUUUAUGUUUUAUCACAACUCGAAGAUUGGAUGGUUGUGUUCUUCAAGUUUUGGCCGCAUUUGCAUUUUUCUCACUCACAGCUGCUAUGUAUUUAUUUGUAGAUAAUAUGAUUUUCGUGAGUUUUUGUUUGAUUAUUUUCGUGGAAGGAAGUGGGAGUAAUCUAGUUAAUCUCAGUAUCAGAAAUAAAGUUCAACGAAGAAAAUUAGAGCACUUUUUAUAAAGUCGAUUUUACUGUAUCAAGAAGCCCAAGAUUUAUGAAUUUUUCUAGAUUUUAUCCUUUUUGGUAUUGAAAAUUGAUUUCUAAAGGUAGAGUCACUUCUGUUACAGUAGUAAACAUUUUAUUUGCAUAAAAAAUCAAAAAGUUGGUUACUAGGCUCUCGGAAAAGGCUUGGUAUUGCGGUUUCAUUAAUCAAAAAACUCCCAAUUUUCAGCUAAACAAUCAAUGUGUAAAACAAGGAAUUUGCUCGAGAAAUCAAGAAUUGAUUCAUUCUCAAAUUGCAUUUGUCAGUUUAUGUGAAAUGGUAACUUCAAUGGCCUCUUUGUUAUUAUGUUAUAAAUCGAAACUUGAACCUGAUUAUCUGAUCAUCGAAAAACCAACAGCCGCUCAAGAAACUGUGUAA